AUGACCUUGAUCUUGACAAAUUUAUCCAGGAACAAAGUUAUCCAUGAUUCUGAACAACAAGAGGUAACGACGACAGACGGGGAGCAGCCGGACGACAGCUUCGAUCUAAUCGACGUGCCAGCUGAAAUGUCGCCUCCCGCUACUGCUCCGUCGCAAUCAUCCAUCCCUCCUGUUGGUCUUCGGGGACAUCCCGACGAUACGCUCGGGGGCAACCAUAAUUCGUCGCCGACGUCGCCCACGUCACCGAUCUCUGUCGCGGCGCCGAUCGCGGCGAAUCAAACCACACCGCCAUUACCGCUUCCGUCGUCGCCCAUGACCCCGCUUUGCGCCUUCGAUGAGACCGAGAUCGCCGGGCCCUCGAAUCGUAGCAUGCGCAUGAAACUUGAUUCAGGUCAACAGGAUGGUAACAAUAAGACGACCACCGGUACCUCUAUCAAUCAGGGUCACAACGCGAGUAAUAACGAGGGUACGGCGACGAUUCUUCCAUCACUCACGUCGAUAGUUUCCACGCACCAUGAAACCAGAUUUACCUUCGGCGGCAGCGGCAGAACCCCGCCUCUUCCGGAUCUCAGAGCCGCGGAUUUCUUUAGCACUCCCGUGAGGGGCUCGGUGGACGCGGGCCAACCCGAUUCAGUCGACACGCGGUCUUCGAUUCGAAAUCUGGUGGCCGCCCAGGAGAAACACAACGCCAGAGUGGGAUAUCAAAUCGAUUAUGCGGCCGGUGGAAAAGUCAACUCGAUUCAGGUGACUGCAUCGGAAAAGGGCACGAUCGAUCACAAGCGCAGUCAGAAGAGGCCCAAUAUCAAUGUGACGACCAAUCCGCUCGAUAUAUCACUUAUAAGUGCGACCCAGCCAUGCAAUACCCAGGGCUGUAAUGUUCAGAGUAAUGCGAGUACGAAAUCGCGAGGACGAUCAGCUGAAUCUCAUCCACUCGUUUCAGCCAUUCAUUCAUGGGUCAGGCUCUUUUUCCCGUUUUGCGCAAUAGGCGGAAGUGGCGGCAGCAAGCGAUCAACUCAGGCGACGAUCGUGGUACAACAGCCGUCCUUGUCGCUGGACGCGCCCGCGGCGACGAUUCUACUGCACCCAGACGCCGACGCCAGACGACGCGAGGAGAACAUGCGGCAGUUGCUAGAUGUUGCCAACACCCUCACCCUGCAAGAGAUACACGACUUUGAGAUGAGAUACGGAAGCCCCCAUCAUAGCCGAUCACAGUCAGUAAAGGCUCCCGGGAGUCGUUCUUCCGGUCGGCCGAAUUAUCUGUGUCUUCCGCAACAAAGAUCGCGAGUAGCGAGUAUGCCUAACACCGGGGUGGAGGAGGAAUACUACAGACUACGGCAUUUCAGCAUCACGGGCAAGGGAGUGGUAAACCGGGGUGAUUCCCUAAAAAGUCGCAGAUCACGCUCUAACAAUAGCAUGGCGUCCAGCAACUCUAGCACGGAACACUUGACUGCCUCGUAUCCGGGAUCAGCGCGGAAUUCGGCGGCGGGCUCAUUGGCGAGUUCGAGGGAGAGCAGCGCGUCUCAAGGUCCAGCACCAUACCGCGUCCUUAUGCUGGGCGCCCCCGCCGUUGGCAAGAGCUCGUUGGUGUCUCAAUUUAUGACUUCGGAAUACCUGCACGCCUACGACACUUCGAUCGAUGACGAGUCCGGCGAAAAGACGGUCAGCGUACUCUUGGCUGGUGAGGAGUCAGAAUUGACUUUCAUCGAUCACUCUUGUGCCGAAAUGACGCCGGAAAAUUGCAUCUCGACUUACGAACCGCACGCAUACUGUGUCGUUUAUUCUACGACCGAUCGGGCGUCGGUGCGCGUCGCCGAGGAGGUUCUCCAAUCCUUAUGGCGGAGUGAUCACGUAUCCGCGAGAGCGGUUAUCCUCGUAGGGAACAAGGUCGAUCUCGUUCGCAGUCGACUGGUGUCGACCGAAGAGGGCAAAUCCAUGGCAACGUCUUACGAUUGUAAAUUCAUCGAAACAUCCGUCGGAAUUAAUCACAACGUCGAUGAGUUACUGGUCGGUCUGCUGACGCAAAUUCGCCUGAAGCUGGAGAAUCCCGAGAGGACUAGAGAGAUGUUCCGUAAAAGAUCGCGGAAGAACCGCAGCAAGUCGCCGUUGGGUUCGUGCUCGGAGAACAACUCGCCUAAGAAAUAUCGCGGCAGUCGGACCAGCACCAGCCUGAAGGUGCGCAAUUUGCUUGACAAGGUCUGGGCGCGCGACAGCAAGUCAAAGAGUUGUGAGAAUCUGCACGUUCUGUAA